AGCGUGCGGGCCGCGGGGAACCGCGGGCUGGUCCCGGCUGAGCGCUCGGCGGCGGCUGUGCCGCGUUUGAGGGAGCGGGCGCUGGGCUGCGGCCGCCGGGCGGGGAGCUCUUCGGCCGGUGCCGAAGCGCCCGAGGUCUGGAAGGCACAGAAAUGGAACAAGAGCCACAAGAUGGAGAACCUGCUGAAAUUAAGAUCAUCAAGGAAGCCUACAAGAAGGCCUUUUUAUUUGUUAAUAAAGGACUGAAUACUGAUGAAUUAGGUCAGAAAGAAGAAGCAAAGAACUACUAUAAGCAAGGAAUAGGGCACUUGCUCAGAGGAAUCAGCAUUUCAUCAGCAGAUCCCGAACACAUAGGUCCUGGGUGGGAAUCUGCUAGACAGAUGCAACAGAAAAUGAAAGAAACACUACAGAAUGUACGUACCAGGUUGGAAAUUCUAGAGAAGGGUCUUGCCACUUCUCUACGGAAUGAUCUUCAGGAGGUGCCCAAGUUAUAUCCAGAAUUUCCGCCUAAAGCUAUGUCCGAAAAGUCACUGGAGCCUCAGUCCUUUAACUCACUUCCUCAGCACAAUGAAGUAAAUGGAAACACUUCAACUACAAGUACAGAAUCAGUUUCUACACCUAGUACUUUUUCCUUACCAUCUCAAAGUCAUCCAUCAGAAGCACCUCCUGCUUAUACUCCGCAGGCUGCUGAGGGUCACUACACUGUAUCCUAUGGAACAGAAUCUGGGGAGUUCUCAUCAGUUGGGGAAAACUUUUAUAGGAAUCAUUCUCAGCCACCUCCUCUUGAGACCUUAGGGCUAGAUGCAGAUGAGUUGAUUUUGAUACCAAAUGGAGUACAGAUUUUUUUUGUAAAUCCUGCAGGGGAGGUUAGUGCACCUUCAUAUCCUGGGUACCUUCGAAUCGUGAGGUUCUUGGAUAAUUCUCUUGAUACAGUUCUAAACCGUCCUCCUGGGUUUCUUCAGGUUUGUGACUGGUUAUAUCCUCUAGUUCCCGAUAGAUCUCCAGUUCUUAAAUGUACUAUAGGAGCCUACAUGUUUCCUGAUACAAUGUUACAAGCAUCAGGAUGCUUUGUGGGGGUCGUCUUGUCUUCUGAAUUACCCGAAGAUGAUAGAGAACUCUUUGAGGAUCUAUUAAGACAAAUGUCUGACCUUCGGCUCCAGGCUAACUGGGACCGGGCAGAAGGAGAAAAUGAAUUCCAAAUCCCUGGAAGAUCAAGAUGCCCCUCUAACCAAUUGAAGGAAGCCAGUGGCACUGAUGUGAGACAGUUGGACCCAGGCAGUAAGGAUGUGCGUCAUAAGGGAAAACGGGGGAAAAAGACCAAAGGUACUUCAAGUGAAGAAAAUCUGAGUCACAUUGUACCUUAUGAGCCAGUUUCAGAAGAAAAAGCAAAGGAAUUACCUGAAUGGAGUGAGAAAGUGGCUCAAAACAUUUUGUCAGGUGCUUCCUGGGUGAGUUGGGGUUUGGUCAAAGGUGCUGAGUUUACUGGGAAAGCCAUCCAGAAAGGCGCUUCUAAACUCCGAGAACGGAUUCAACCAGAAGAAAAACCAGUGGAAGUUAGUCCAACUGUGACCAAGGGACUUUACAUAGCAAAGCAGGCUACUGGAGGAGCAGCGAAAGUCAGUCAGUUCCUGGUUGACGGAGUUUGUACUGUAGCAAAUUGUGUUGGAAAGGAAUUAGCUCCACAUGUCAAGAAGCAUGGAAGCAAACUUGUUCCAGAAUCUCUUAAAAAAGACAAAAAUGGGAAGUCUCCCCUGGAUGGUGCUAUGGUUGUAGCAGCAAGCAGUGUUCAAGGAUUUUCAACUGUCUGGCAAGGAUUGGAAUGUGCAGCUAAAUGCAUUGUUAAUAAUGUUUCAGCAGAAACUGUACAAACUGUCAGAUACAAAUAUGGGCAUACCGCAGGAGAAGCUACGCACAAUGCAGUAGAUUCUGCCAUCAAUGUUGGUGUAACUGCCUAUAAUAUUGACAACGUUGGCAUCAAAGCAAUGGUGAAGAAAACUGCAAAACAAACGGGACACACACUGCUUGAGGACUAUAAAAUUGUUGAUAAUUCUAAGGAGGAAAAUCAAGGAGCAGGAGCAAGUGUAAGCAUGAAAGGGGAGAAAGAUGAACAGAGAGAGGAACUAGAGAAGCAUGGGGCAAAGAAGAAAGAUAAAUGAUGGAAGUGCUAUGAAUUGUCUAUACCAAAGCCUUACAGAUGGAUGCAAUUUUGUUAAAUGGCAAAUGUGGAAUUCCCCACAGAUUAACCAGGAUUUUUAAAAUGCAUUCAUUCCUACAAAGUGACUAUUUCAUAAGCUUUAUGGCAUGUAUUCUACUUCUAAGGAAAAGAAUCAGUAUUCUUGCAUCUGGCCUUUAGAAAUACAGUUACAUUCUCUGUGAGUUGAUUUUUUUCUAAAUGUGGCUAAAAUAUUUUUGCAGUUAAAAUAAGACUAAUAGUAGGUGUGCUAUAAAUCUCAUUAAACCUAACAUUAAACUAUUUUUGUAUUUGCUGUCUUUCAGAAAACAAAGUAGGAAAUUAUAUAUUUACGUAAAAUUUGGCAUUUAGUAACCUUAGUUAUGUUUGUACUGGGAAGGAAUGCUUUAAACAUUGUUUCCUCUUUUUGCACUAAUUGUGGAUUUUGUUUUAGGUGCUUGUGAGAAUUUUCAGUGUGUAAGCUAAACAAAAACUGUAACCCUAAAUGUAAAGAAUUCUUGUAUAACAUUUAAAAGACUUUUUCAAAAUAAGGAGUAGACUAAUCAUGAAAAAUAAAAUGAGGUUCUAUAAAA